GUUAUCGGUUCGGUCACAUUGAUGUUAUAGUUAUUGUCAAAAUAAGAUAAAUAAACAAAAACACCAUGGGAGGUCCCGAAUUACCUACAGAUCCCGGCCACGAGAUAUUUCCAACCCCGGCGGUUGACCAUCCACAUAUUGGAACGCAGAGCGACGACGAUGAUGACGAAUCGGACGCAUACGAUGGUUACCAACCAUUGGCCAUGGAUGAAGCAGCAGACCCAGCGAUAGCCUCUGGGGAACCGGAGGUGGCCUCAGCUGCAGAUAAUGACGAAGAUAUCGACCUGAUGACGGCCCCAGUCACUCACGGCGAUCCGAAUAUGCCCCCGAUAGAGUCGGCGGAUGUCGAAAUCGAGCGGCAAGUGUGGAAUGAACCCAGGCCCAAAGAACUGCAAAUGGAGCUAGAUAAAGCGCGAACAGAACAGAUCCUUAAGGCCAUGUCCACCAUAACCCUGCCCAACAUUACGAUUCCGGAUUGGGCCAAAGGCGUACCCGAGGAGCGUUGGAAAGGUGAGCUGUUGGAUCGAAUUAACAACCGGCAACAGCAAUCAGAGGAUUCCUCGUCAGCGGACAAGCCCCAGCAUUCCAAAUCACAUAUAGUUUAGCGUGACAAUUUUGUUAUAUUAUAUUAAUCAAAAGUUUGCAAACUAGCCUUUCAGUUUCAGAACUAUCUCCUCGAAACUUGGCAUUAAGUAUUCUUUCUGUUGCGAAUAGUGUAUCCAUAUAUAUAGUAUAUAUAUAUAUAUAUGUAUAUAGUACAUCCAUAUACAUAUGUAUUUAUGUUGAGACAGGCGUGAUCAGGCCGCCCUAUCUUAUGAAUAAGAACGAUCGGAAAAAAAUCA